AGCGAAAACCCUUUGGCUUUGACAGCCACCACCACAAGUCUUUCCGCCUCCCCGGGCUGCCUGGGAGCUGGGAGCUGGGAUUAUGGUGGCCUGAGCAGCAAACGCAGCCGCAGGAGCCUGGAGCCCCUGACCCUUCCCCUGCCGCCGCCCCACUAGGAAGACCAGGAAAGCAGCCUCAGAUCUGCCAUGCCUGCCCCGCCCAGCCCCCCGGGGGGCCCGAGACGGCCUCUCCCGGACCGCCGCUGAGGCUGGACCACCAGCCAGAUGUAGCCGGGCUCCGGAGCCGUCUCCUCCCCUUCUGUCUCUGAGGAUCUCUCCUGUCUGAUCCCCACCGCCUGGCCCAGGGGCUGGCCGAGGGGCCUGCAGGCUCUGGAGCCCUGAUGCCUUCCUGCUCACUCUCCUGAGAAGCCACCUCUAGCACCCAGAGUUGGGGGCAGGCCCCAGGGACGGACUUGGGCCAAAGUGAGCCCAGAGUGCCCCAAGGCCAGGGCCCACCAUGGCCCAAGCACUGCCCUGGCUCCUUCUGUGGAUGGGCUCCGGGGUGCUACCUGCCCACGGCUCCCAGCCCGGCAUCCGGCUGCCCUUGCGAAGUGGGCUGGGGGGUGCCCCCCUGGGGCUGCGGCUGCCCCGGGAGACCGACGAGGAGUCUGAGGAGCCCGGCCGGAGGGGCAGCUUUGUGGAGAUGGUGGACAACCUGAGGGGCAAGUCCGGGCAGGGCUACUACGUGGAGAUGACCGUGGGCAGCCCCCCACAGACGCUCAACAUCCUGGUGGACACAGGCAGCAGUAACUUCGCAGUAGGGGCUGCCCCCCACCCUUUCCUACACCGCUACUACCAGAGGCAGCUGUCCAGCACGUACCGGGACCUCCGGAAGGGCGUGUAUGUGCCCUACACCCAGGGCAAGUGGGAGGGGGAGCUGGGUACCGACCUGGUGAGCAUCCCCCACGGCCCCAACGUCACCGUGCGCGCCAACAUUGCUGCCAUCACAGAAUCAGACAAGUUCUUCAUCAAUGGCUCCAACUGGGAAGGCAUCCUGGGGCUAGCCUAUGCAGAGAUCGCCCGGCCUGAUGACUCCCUGGAGCCGUUCUUUGACUCCCUGGUGAAGCAGACCCACGUGCCCAAUCUCUUCUCACUGCAGCUCUGUGGCGCUGGCUUCCCCCUCAACCAGUCGGAAGCACUGGCCUCAGUUGGAGGGAGCAUGAUCAUUGGGGGUAUCGACCACUCACUAUACACGGGCAGCCUCUGGUAUACUCCCAUCAGGCGGGAGUGGUAUUAUGAGGUGAUCAUUGUACGGGUGGAGAUCAAUGGACAGGAUCUGAAAAUGGACUGCAAGGAGUACAACUAUGACAAGAGCAUCGUCGACAGUGGCACCACCAACCUUCGAUUACCCAAGAAAGUGUUCGAAGCUGCUGUCAAAUCCAUCAAAGCAGCCUCCUCGACGGAGAAGUUCCCAGACGGAUUCUGGCUAGGGGAGCAGCUGGUGUGCUGGCAAGCAGGCACCACCCCGUGGAACAUUUUCCCAGUCAUCUCACUCUACCUAAUGGGCGAGGUCACCAACCAGUCCUUCCGCAUCACCAUCCUUCCACAGCAAUACCUGCGGCCCGUGGAAGAUGUGGCCACCUCCCAAGACGACUGUUACAAGUUCGCCAUUUCACAGUCGUCCACCGGCACUGUCAUGGGAGCGGUCAUCAUGGAGGGCUUCUACGUUGUCUUUGAUCGGGCCCGGAAACGAAUCGGCUUUGCUGUCAGUGCUUGCCAUGGUGAGAGCACCAGGGAUGGGGGUGUGGGGUCAGUCUGUUCUCCCUGUCCAGCGGUGAGGGCACCAGGCCCCUAUCCGUCUGGGAGGUACCUCAAGCCAGAGGCCACACAUUGUGUAAAAGCUAGUGUCUGUGCUUGUGCUUUUCUUGUGGUCACUUGGCGUGGUGACCCCUGCCUGGACUGGCAACCUCUGUUGGAGACUCAGAGCAGUAACAUUUGCUCCGGCACCCCGGAAAGCUCUAGAUCCACAGGCAGUAGGCUGGGCCAGCGGCGACCCUGUCAGCUGCCGUAAGCCAGAGCUGAACAUGACUAGCAGGGGCUUGCCACUGAGUUUCAGCAGGAGCAGGUAAGUUUACUAAGUAUAUGUGGGGCUGGCUUUUUGGAUUUUAGGUAUCAUUCCUACUGGACAGGGAGACAGGAAAAGGUUGCUGCCCUCAAAGACCUGGCAGGGAGAGCCGUGCCUCCACUAGCAGUGGCUGUCUGUCCUGCUCCUAAGCAUCACCCGGAAGGGAGAUUCCACAGCCUCCUCCAGGGCUGGUUUCAAGGCCUGUCCCAGGAAGCUCGUUCUGCUGUGUAAUCCUAGCUGCUUUGUGACUCACAUAUGCCCUUUCCCCAGUGCAUGAUGAGUUCAGGACGGCAGCGGUGGAGGGCCCUUUCGUCACCCCCGACAUGGAAGACUGCGGCUACAACAUCCCACAGACGGACGAGUCGACCCUCAUGACCAUAGCCUACGUCAUGGCUGCCGUCUGUGCGCUCUUCAUGCUGCCCCUCUGCCUGAUGGUGUGCCAGUGGCGCUGCCUCCGCUGCCUCCGCCACCAGCACGACGACUUUGCUGACGACAUCUCCCUGCUGAA